UGGCUGCGGCUGCCUCAGGAGACGGCGGAGCGGGCGGGGUGGGCUGUCGGCUCCAGGCCUCGCGUCCACCUGCCCACCCGCUCCCACUGCGGUCGGUCGGCGGGGUGUGCGCCGGGCCGGGCCCAUGGCGGCGUCGGCGGCCCUGUCUGCGGCGGCGGCGGCGGCUGCCCUGUCGGGCCUGGCGGUGCGGCUGUCUCGCUCGGCCGCGGCCCGCGGCUCCUACGGCGCCUUCUGCAAGGGGCUCACGCGCACGCUGAUCACCUUCUUCGACCUGGCCUGGCGGCUGCGCGUGAACUUCCCCUACUUCUACAUCGUGGCCUCGGUGAUGCUCAACGUCCGCCUGCAGGUGCGGAUCGAGUGAGCGCCCGCGACCACCGCGCGGCCGCGACGGCAGGGGCGCCGCGGGGCCCGGGGCCGCCGGGACGCGGCGGGGGAAGGAGGAGGGGCGGCCCGGGCCCCCGGACCCUAGACCUCGGCGGAGGUCACGGCCACCGAGCCCCAAGCCCCGGCUCUGGCCACCCACGUCGCGGCCGGUGACGAAGUGCACAGAGACUCGCGAAACGGGCCCUUUCCAUCGAACUCGAGAAAAUUACUUGAGUGCGGCCGACCUGUUGCCUCACCUUGGCCGAAGCGGGGGCAGAAGGAAGAAAUUCUGCAGCAGGAACGUGAAUGACUGGCCCUGACCAAAGAGGCUGGCCCCUGGGCCCAGCAUCGCACGGGAGAGUCUCCUCUGGAUGGGCCUGCAUUGGUCCUGGAGGCCUUGGCUGCGCUGCUGACUGCCGCACCAGGAGCGGUGCAGAGGGGAGGCGGGAGAGACCCUGGCCCUCGCCCCGCACCGGUCCCACGUCUGCUCGGGCGGUGGCUGCUCAUGGUCGGUGCACUCAGAGUUCCUGGGGCUGAGGACCCCAGCAGCCUGCUUGCCCCCAGGACAGAGCGGCCGAGCCUCACACCAUGUGCCCUCCUCAGCUGCCCAGCUGGAGCCCGGGUCCCAGGUGAGGAUCUCUGCCUGCCUCACCCCGCGGCCGGAGGCUGCGCCGAGGCCACCACGCGCCGCCCACAGAUGCCCACCGACGGGGCCUGAUGGCUUCCUUCCUUGUGCCAAGUCACCCGGGAGCCCUGGUCCUGGUGGCCCCUCCUCCACCCCAACUGUGUCCACUUCUGGGAGCCUGCCAGCCUGCGGACUGCAUCCACGUAGCUCUGGGUACAGCCUCGAGAGACUGUGACACGGGGCUGCACGGGAGGAGAGGAGCAGCGGACGAGGGGCCUCCUUGGGGCUGAUUCGCAGAUGUGCCCCUUUCAAGCCCAGCUCUCACCCUCCGGGUGGCUCGAUCCCCAGCUGCAGCCUCUUGCUGGGCCGGCCUGAGAGGGCCUGAGAAUGGCACAGGGGAGGCUCUGCGCUGACCGCGUGGGUGCCCGCGUGUGAGUGCGCCUGUAUGAGUGUGUGCGGGUGUGAGCGUGUGUGUGGGUGCUCGUGCACACACACGAGUGGCUGUGCGUUGCAGCGGGCGCAGAACUGUUGAGCAGAGUGAGGUGUGCUGGGUGCCCCGUCCUCCCUGGGCUCGGGGCUCAGCCGGAGCUGCCUGGGGCUGCUUCCCAACAGGGAGAAAGCGUGCUGGAGGCCCAGGGGCCCAGGCUCACAGACCCCCUCCCACCCGCAGAGAACCCCCCAUCGUGGGAGGGGCCCGGCGGUGGCCCUGGCUGGGGCUGUCUGCGCUCUGAGGGACUGGCCGAGGGAGGGGCUGGGGACGCGUCCUUAGCAUGCGCUCCUGCCGCCGCUGUUCUUACGGUUCUGGCCUUGAGUACUUAGCUGCCUCUGCUUUCCCACCUCUUCCUCGUCUCCCCCACUGGGCCCUUGCUGCUUGACGGGCUCUCAGAGCACUUUAUUUAUUUGCCGUCUGUUUCUCAGGCAGUGGAGCUUCUACAAAAUCAGACACCGACUUGAAUAAGACAACUUCCACUUUUCUGGGUGUGAUGUACUCUGCACCGGGCAGCAGCGUCUGGUCAGAGAAAUGUUCUUGUUUCGGUUGUUGUCAAAUCUUGUUGUCUGUCUCAGUUAAGAAGAAAGUCCUUUGAGUUCAAUCACAUAAAAACUGGAGGCCUCCUGUUUCUGCCGCCUUGGAGGAGAGAGGGGCUGGCGGCGAGCUCACCCAACUCUGGUGGCCGGGAGCUGG